AUGGAUACAUACGUAUCGGAACAAGAAACUACUUACGACUUAAUACGGAAGAUAGGAAUAAACUUCAAAAAGCAAGGAAAAACACGCAUUACGAAAGGCUACGUACAAGCAAGAAUCGACACACUUAACGAGUAUUGGCAGAAAUUCCAGACAAACCAUUUCCAAAUUGUUAAAUAUGCAACGAGCGCUCAAAGAAAAGAACAUGUUUAUUUCGUCAACGACAUUUAUUCUGUUGGAGAAGAAGAGUAUUUUAUGAUAAAAGGAGAAUUGUCAGAUACUAUUGAUCUGUUCAACAAAUCUACCGCUGUGAGAGAGAACCCGCAACCGCAUCCGCAGAAUAACACGUCAGAUGUAAACAAGCAAUCUACGCAAGAUAUAAAACUUCCCAAAGUAAUACUGCCCCAAUUCUCGGGAAAUUAUGAAGAAUGGACAUCUUUUCGAGACCUAUAUACGUCACUCGUUCACAACAAACCAUCUUUGAGCAAGGUACAAAAACUUCAUUAUUUGAAAUCAAGUGUCACUGGUGAAGCUGAACAAUUAUUGAAGCAUCUACAAAUAACCGAGAAAAACUACGAUGUCGCAUGGGAAACUUUAGACAAGAGGUACAACAACAAACGCAUGAUAGUGAAUACAAUCUUGAAUAGAUUUAUGAAUCAGAAGAGAGUAUACAACGGCACUUCCAAAUCUAUUAGAGAACUUCUCGAUACUACUCAAGAAUGUCUGAACAGUCUUAAAAACAACGACGUGAAGAUAAACGAGUGGGAUACAAUUGUUAUUCACAUUAUUCUCAACAAAUUGGACGAAGAGACACGCAAACAGUGGGAAGAGGAGAUAAGCACGCUACCUGUACAAGAGUUGCCGAAACUUGAGAAGUUAACAACCUUCUUGGACACACGUUUCAGAGUGUUAGAAAUGAUUCCGUCGACAACUUAUUCGAAGGACAGAGAGAGAGCUAUCGUGAGACAAAGAUCCUUUCUAACAAGCCCCGCUACAACUACAGUACAGUGUUCCUACUGCAAGCAAGACCAUUUGAACUAUCUAUGCAAAGAAUUUGCAAAUUUAGAUGUCAACAAUAGAGUUCAACACGUCCAAAAGGAGAGACUAUGCUUCAACUGCUUGUCAUCAAAACAUAAUGUGAAAAACUGUAAAUCCAAAGUAUCCUGUCAUCAUUGCCAAAGAAGACAUCAUUCUUUACUUCAUUUUGAGAAUCAAACCGCUGAAGAGAGAGAGAACAAUCAACAAUCCACGUCGAAAGCACCCGCAUCCAAUUCAAACUAUACCAUGAGAGAAGAGUCUACCACUAAAACUUCAGAAACACCAAAACUGAGAAAUUAUCUUAUCACUCAGAGUCAUACUGCACUAAUGGCUACCGCACUAGUAAAUAUCAAGACCGGCCAUGGUAUGCAAGUACUACGAGCACUCAUUGAUCCCUGUUCUCAAGAGUCGUUCAUAAGUGAAGCAACUGUUAGAAAACUACAACUUCGAAGAAAAACAGUUGAUGGAUUAAUUACCGGAGUGGGUAACAUGUCAACUACAAUCAAAUCCGCUACAAACAUAGAGAUUUACUCAAGAUUCGACAACAACUUCAAAGCUGACUGCACAGCCUACAUUGUUGAAGAUGUCACUGACAUAAUACCAGAAGUCCCGAUCAAUCCACAGAAAUGGAGUCAUCUGCAACACCUGUCACUGGCAGAUCCAACUUAUCAUACACCAAGCAACAUUUAUUUACUACUUGGAGUUCAUAUCUACUUAGACAUCUUAAUGAAUGGAGUGAUUAAAGGAGAACCAGGUACUCCCAUAGCACAACAAACACGCUUGGGAUAUAUACUGUCAGGAGGUCAUUUGACAAACAACCGCACAAGAGAAUUCAAAACCAUGCAUCUGAACAUAACUUUAGAAGAGAUGGUAGAAAAAUUUUGGGAGACAGAGAGAUUAGAGUCAGGGGAAAACGACACUCUCACCCCACAAGAACUUAGAGCUGAGAAAAUAUAUCAAGAAACUAUAACUAGAGAUGUUGAUGGAAGAUAUGUUGUGGCACUUCCCUUUAAAAGCGACAAACCUAUUUUACCUGAGAAUUCGAGAGAAAUUGCACUGAGAAGAUUCAUGAACACUGAGAGAAGAUUAGAAGCAAACAAAAAAUUGAGAGAAGCCUACAACGAGGUCAUGAGAGAGUACAUAACACUUCAACAUAUGGAAUUGAUCGAACGAGAUGAAUCUGUUAAGGAAACUGACAAACGAGUAUAUUUGUCACAUCACCCUGUGAUCCGUGAAGAUAGAGAAACUACCAAGUAUCGCAUAGUCUAUGACGCUUCAUGCAAAGGAAGCAACGGAGUGAGCCUCAACUCAGAACUGCUAGUUGGUCCGUCACUUCUGGGAGAUCUUCGAGACAUUCUUAUGAGAUGGAGAACACACAAAGUCUGUUUUGUGGCUGAUGUCAUCAAAAUGUAUCGCCAGAUCCUUGUAAGUAGAGAAGACACAGACUUUCAGAGAAUACUUUGGAGAUUUAGCCCUGAUGAAGACAUAAGAGAAUACAGAAUGCUAACAGUCACAUUUGGAACAGCAUGUGCGCCAUUUUUAGCUAUCAAAACCUUGAGACAAAUAGCAAUUGAUGAGGCAAACACAGAAGAAUAUGCCCAAGCUCGAGAGAUUAUCAACCACUCUUUCUACAUGGACGAUGUACUGUCAGGGGGAGAUACAGAAGAAACCGCAAUAGAAGCAAAACGUCAAUUAACAGAAGUACUAAGAAGAGGAGGUUUUGAACUACAAAAAUGGUCUUCAAAUAGCAAAAAAUUCAUCAAUACAGUCGAAACAGAGAAGAGAGCGAAGAAAUGUAAGAUAGACAUCAACAAAAAAGAGACAAUCAAAACCUUAGGAAUAACAUGGAACUCAAACGAAGAUACUCUCUUAGUAACUAACAAAAUUAACACUUUAUCUGAACAACGAGUAACUAAGAGAAACGUCUUAACUGUCAUAGCUUCUUUGUUUGAUCCAAUGGGUUGGCUAGCACCAUCUGUAGUCAUGGGAAAGAUAUUUCUACAGAAGAUUUGGUCAAGAGGAUUAUCAUGGGAUACAGAACUACCAGAAGACUUAAAGACAGAGUGGAAAACCUUUUGCAAUGGUAUAGAGCACCUGUCACAAAUUAAACUUGAGAGAUGGAUUGGAACAAACAACCACAAUUCAAAAGUAACUUUAGCUUGGAUUCUCGGAGACCCGCUGAAAUGGACAACAUUUGUGAAGAACCGAGUCAUUGAAAUCAACAAUAACAUAAAUACUACAUGGUCAUACGUGAAUACUAAAGAAAAUCCUGCAGAUCCAGCGUCGAGAGGAGUCACACCUGAGAAAUUGAAAGAACAUACCUUAUGGUUUCAAGGUCCAACAUUCUUACAACAAAGAGAAUGGAAAAGAGAAUCUUGUGAAGUAGAAGAUACAGAUCAAGAAACGAGAAAGUCUAUCAAAUGUGCUACUACUACAGUGUUAGAGAAGAAAGAAGAAUUCAUACUCACAAUUUCAAAGAGAUAUUCAUCAUUGAGAAGACUCAUUUCAGUCAUAGCUUACUGUCAAAGAUGGCUGAUGUUCAAAAACAAAGAUGUAAAAGAAAACUUACCUCAGUAUGUAACUCAUGAUGAGCGAGAAAAAGCACUUACUACAUGUAUCAAGCUUUCACAGCAACUUGAGUUUCCAGAAGAAAUCGAAGCUUUGAGAAAUCGUCAACCACUUAAGAAAAGAAGUCGAAUACUGUCACUUACACCCUUUCUUGAUGAAAAAGAAGUACUCAGAGUUGGAGGAAGAUUGAAACAUGCAGAUUUAGAGUUCCUGAGCAAACAUCCUGUCAUUCUGUCUAAGAACAAUGUACUGCUACCACUUUUACUCGAUGACGCACACAAGAAGACAUUGCAUGGAGGCCCGCAACUUAUGACAAUAUACUUGAGAGGAAGACACUGGCUGAUUGACGCAGGAAAUACUAUCAAGAAGUAUGUUAGAAACUGCUUUCCUUGCGCUAAACAAAAAGCGAAAACUGUAACUCAACUGAUGGGCGAUUUACCUGAAAUAAGAGUUAAGCCAUCAAGAGCAUUUCUUACUACAGGUGUAGAUUUCGCAGGUCCAGUCAACGUGCGCAUGAGCCCUGGACGAGGAACGAAAACGUUCAAAGCAUACAUAUGUAUUUUCAUCUGCAUGGUAACUAAAGCUAUACACAUAGAAUGUGUGAGUAACAUGACAAUGGAAGAGUUCAUGGCUGCAUUUCGAAGAUUUACAUCACGAAGAGGAUUCGUCAAAGAGAUGUGGAGCGACCACGGUACUAAUUUCAUUGCAUCGAGCAAAGAAAUACUAGAGACUUGGAGACUUGGCAAAUCAACGAUCCCAGUUGAACUAGCAGCCUUACUAGACACUGAAGGUACCAAGUGGAAGUUCAUCCCUCCUGGAUCACCAAAUCACGGGGGAUUAUGGGAAGCGGGGGUGAAGAGUUCGAAAUUCCAUCUAAAGAGAACCCUCGGAGAUACUACACCUACCUUCGAAGAAUUAUCAACGCUUCUGAACCAGAUCGAAGCUUGUCUUAACUCGAGACCCUUAUCACCGCUGAGCGAUCAUCCUGAUGACCUAGAGCCGUUGACACCAGCACACUUUCUUGUCGGAGAACCAUUAGUCACAAUACCAGAGAGAGAUUUGACUCAACAUAAAGCAAACUCCCUAUCGAGAUGGCAAAAUAUGCAAAGAAUGUUACAGAUAUUUUGGCGAAAAUGGCAAACAGAAUUUCUUACAAGAUUACAAGAGAGACCUAAGUGGAAAAUUAGACAACAAGAGUUCAACGUCGGAGAUUUAGUGUUAAUCAAAGACUAUAGAUUACCUCCUAGUAAAUGGCUACUAGGUAGAGUGUUAUUGAAACAUCCUGGAAAAGAUAAUGUUACGCGAGUCUACGACGUCCGCACAGCAACUGGAGUGUUAACUAGAUCGAUUUCGAAGCUGUGCCCACUACCAGAUGUUGAAAGAAAGGAUUCUGCUGUUCUUCAGGCGGGAGAAUGUCGUGGCCAGCAAGAAGAUUGA